GUCCUUGCCGCCGGGGCACCAGCCAGAAGGAGUCCGGGUCCGUGAGCUGCGACCUUUGCGAGGAUGGCCACAAAGCGGACCAGGAGGAAUCGACUCACUGUCAGAAGUGCCCGCAAGGCCAGUACCAGCCGGAGUUCGGCGCGACGAGCUGCCGGAAGUGUGAGGGAGGCAAGACCACGGCAGUGUUGGCUGCAACCAGUGAGUUCGACUGCAUUUGCAGGACUGACAGGUAUUUGUGGAAUGGCACGGAGUGCUUGCCUUGCCCGGAGGGCAUGGAUUGUCCUGGGGGCAGCGCCUUCCCUUCGCAGCUGCCGGGAUUUUGGGUGGAGCAUUCUUACACCGAUGGCCUCAGUUCCUAUUCGGUGUUCUCUUGCCGCGACGCCUCGCGAUGUCCAGCUGGUGAGCCUGGACAGUGUAAUGUCGGGCGCACCGGGCGCGCCUGCGCCGAUUGCUUUCGUGGCUAUGCCUCCGAUGUGGACGGCUCCUGCCGGCCUUGCGAUGCUUUGUCUCUGUGGCCCUUCCUCCUGCUUCCGAUUGUGAUGCUGGGCCUGCUGCCGCUGCUAGUCGCAGCCAGCAUUCUCAUGAGCCGAGCGCGGCGGGUGGCCGUCAGCAUCUUCAUCGUCUGCGUGAUCUUCGGGCAGCUGGUGGUGUGCCUCCAGUCCCUCGAGGCCAUCUAUCAAUUCGAGAUCUCCUGGAUCGACCCCGCGAAGGCCGUUUUGUCCUCGCUGGCCAUCUUCAGUUUGGACAUCGAGUUCUCCUGCAUCUUGGAUCCGCAGAGCCACGUCGUGGAGUACGGCUCUCAGCUCUUGGCCUACCCGGUGGUGCUGCUCGGGACCGCCGGCUUCUGGCUACUCGCCAGGUGGGUGAAACGGCCGAUCAGCUUCAACUCCUUCCUAAACCUACACGGCGUGCUGCUGGUGGCACUGCUGACGGCCAUGUCCCUCACCGUGAUGCGGCCCUUCCAGUGCCGGCCAAACCCCAACGGCCUGCAUACCAUGUCCACACGCACGGACGUCAUUUGCUGGAGCCCGGAGCAUCGGCCUUUGGUGGUUCUGGCCUCUUUGGGCAUCCUCGCCUACCCUGUGGCCAUACUUUCCACCAUCGCCUUCCUGACGUGGAAGUAUCCCACUUGGCUUCGGUCUGGUGGAGGCUUGGAGGUGCUGGAGAAGUACAAGUUCCUCUUCGGCCGCUUCCGACCCGAGCGCUACUACUACGCUUUGCUGCUCUCCGCGCACAACAUGAUCGUGGCCCUCAUCCCCGCAGCUUUGGUGUCCACGCCCGCCCUGCAGGUGGGCAUCAUGGGUAUCGUCAUCUGCAUGAAGCUCACUUCACAAAGCCUGCUCUGGCCUUGGCGCAUCGACGUGGCCAACUACAACGACCUGGUCCUCUCCACCGCCCUGCUGAUCCUGUUGCUCCUCGCAUCUCCGCUGCUGCGCCUGAACCAGACGGACACCAGCUUCCUCGUAGCGGUGCUGCUCGCCUGUGUGCUUUGCAUCUUGCCUUUGGCGGCGCUCUUCACAGCCGGCCUGGCCGUCACCGUGCGCCUGCGACCCCAGAGCAAGUACGAUGCCUUCCUCUGCCACCACAAGGCGGGUGCCGGGGCCCUGUGCCGCUUCUUCAAGCUCAUCGUGCACAAGUACGGCCGCAUGAACAUCUUCCUCGACUCCGACGAGCUCGACGACCUCGCCCGCAUCUUCGAGAUUGUCAGCUCCGACACCCGCUGUGUCGUGGCCGUGCUCACGCCCGAGCUACUGCAGCGCAUGUGGUGUGCAGGGGAGAUGACGAGCGCUCGAAAGUACGGCAUCCCCAUCAUCCCGCUCUACUGCGACGGCUUCGCCUUCCCGGACGACGACUGCAUCAACAAGAUCGAGUCCGUGUGGACCGAGGAGCAACAAUACACCUUGACGAGCCACGGCAUCGCCAUGGAGGACAUCAAGGCCACCUACCGGCACAUCAGCACGCUAGACGGCUAUGCUCUGAGCCGGCACAGCAGCCUGGAGGAGCAGGAACGGCUGGUGCUGGACGUGGCCGCUGCCGUGCUGCGAGGCGCUCGGCGGGCGGAGGUGGCGGCGCAGGGCUCCGUGAGCAGCGCGCGCAUCCUGCUCUGCUCCACCGAGCGGGAGCCCGAGGCCAUCUCCACCGUGCUGAUCCUGCAGCAGAUGGUGCAGCAGCAGCUCCGCAUCGCCACCUUCCGCGUUCGGAGUUUGAAGGACAUCGCGGCGGCCAGCAGCGCCUCCUUCGCGCUGGUCUUGUUGAGCCAGGGGGUCCUCGAGGACCCUGACUUCGCGCUCCAGAUCGGGCAGAUGCGAGCUCAGGCGUUGAGCUUUGUGCCCGUGAACGACGGCACCUUCCAGUUCCCGCCAUCGGACUUCUACAUGCAGGUGGAGGAGGGCGGCGUGGCCGGGCUCGGGGCAAAUGCUGGGCGCAGCUUAGCAAAGGCCUACCAGGCGCUGCUGGGCAUCCUCGCGCUGCCCCUGACGCCCCACGCCUCCAGCGGAAUCCUCGAGAGGCAGGUGAUGCAGAUCUGCCAAAGGUUCGGAAGCCUGGAAGACCUCGUCGAGCGAAGGACGCAGUCCACCAACAGAACCACCACCGCCGACGAGGUCACCGUCGCUGACAUCUCCAUGUCCCUGACAGGCUUCGAUGACGCUGACGGCGAUGCGAGAACCGCAACCGCAACCACACCUGACCAGGAGGGCAGUGCGGAGCAAGACAGUGAGUAUUCGAUUCACGACGAUCUUUGGUAUACCUAG